AAUUGCCGAUCGUUUAAAAAACUUGAUAUGCAGUUUUUACUGUCGGAAUUAUGAUAAACCAGUGGCGAUAAGAGAAACACAAUUACAGCAUGAUGAACGAAGACGAUUUCAUUUCACAUCUGUUAUUACCAGCUUUUUCAUGAUUUAUCCAAAUUGAAGAAAAAUUUGAUCAAAAGGACAGAAAUUAAUAAAACAAUGGAUUAUUAUCAGAAGAAUCCAACAUAUAACCUCCCCAGGUAUAGUCCGUCUCAACACAGGAGAUCACGAGGGCCAGGCAAAUUAAUCACAGCAGCUAGUAUAGUUUUAGGCUUUGGAAUCAUUCUCACCCUCCUUAACAUCUACGAACUACACAAAAUGAAGGAAGAUCACAUGAUACACAUCCAGCCUACUUCAGAGGGUAAAACAGGACAAUUUGGAUCCAAGCAACCUGUUGUGUGGGUGGAUGGAAAACAUCUUGAGUCCGGCUACUUGACGCAUGUGUUUGCCGUGUUUGACAGAAUUGGGUACGCUGUUGGUGACAGCGAGUCCAAAUGGGACGUCCUAUGGUCUCAUGAAUAUCCAUUUGAAACUUUGUCAAAGAAGUUGGCAGACCUUAAACCUCAUCAAAGGGUGAACCAUUUCCCAGGCACAGGAUUCAUCACCAACAAAGUCAGUCUGGCCACCUCCUCCAUCCCAUACAUUCCAAAAGCCUUCAAAAUACCAUCAGAGAAAGAGUCAUUUCUCAAAUAUACAAAGGAACACCCAGACAAGCUGUGGGUACAGAAACGUAACAGUCACCGCGGGAUCAAGAUCAAGAAAAUCAAAGAUUUAGAUUUAGCAAGUGAUGGCUCAUUUGUUCAAGAAUAUGUAGAUAAACCUUUCCUUAUAGAUAAAAGAAAGUUUGACAUUGGUGUGUACACGAUCCUGACCUCCAUAGAUCCUCUCCGAGUGUACAUUGUGGAAGGGGAAGUCCUGCUCAGAUUUUGUGCUGCAGAUUACCAUCCAUUUGAUUCGACCAACACAAAGAAGUAUGUGGUUGAUGACAACUACACACCUGUCUGGGAGAUGCCGUCACUGAAGGCUAUCUUUGAUGAUGGCAUGUAUACCUGUAAGGAGACCUUGGAUACCUACCUAGAACAGACAGGUCGUAACCACCUGAAGCUUUGGGAAGACAUAAAGGACUCCAUCAGACAGGUUUACCUACACAAAGAGAAGAGUCUUAUCUCAUCUUCCUCACGCUUUAGGAACAACAGAAACUUCUUUGAGAUGGUGCGAUUUGACUUUGUGUUGGAUGACCAGUUAAACGUUUAUCUUAUGGAGGUAAACAUGUCUCCCAACCUGUCAUCGGGACAUUUCUGGAGGAAUAAGAGAAUUUACGAGCAUGUGGUUUACAAUGUGCUGUCUCUGGUGGGCGUGGCCAAGACCACCUCUAAUGCAUUUGAGGACAGUGACAUGGAUGGGAAGGACAUGCAGGCGUCCGACAAAGAUGUAACUGUGUUCCCAAUGUGGUGCUCAGAGAGAAAAUGUAUGACAGACUGUCAGUCUGAGAAGUGUUCUAUCUGCCAUCAGUGCCUUAGUAGGGAUAUGAAAUCCUCACUUAAACAUGCCUUCAUGGAGCAUGCAAGCAGGGGAAGCUGUCGAAGGAUCUUCCCCAAGCCUGUGAGUCAAGAGGAGGCACUAAAAUGGAGUCUAGCCAGUGCAUCAGAUGAGUACCAUUCCCUCAACCCACACAACAAGAAGAUGUACAUCUGGUUCAUGGGCAAAUGUCGACUGGAUCCUGGCUGGUGCUAUUAAACAGGGAACAUACUGACUUCAAGGAAACUCGUGAUAAAGGUUUCAGCUCUGAUUUCACUGGAUUGACAGCGUUUCCUGUUGAAUCCGGCCUUACUGGGUCAGGCUACCUAGUGGGUUCUUUCUAUUUUGAGCCCAGUACUAUUUUUGAUCAACUAACAAUGUAUUGUCUUCAUUCUGUAGUCCUCAAAUUAUACAAAAACAACGGGGGGAAAAUGGAAUAUUUGUUUUGUUUUGUUAAUGACACUUAAAUUUAACCAGUCUCAUAGACCCCAUGUUGGCUUUUCUAAAUAUGACAUCAUUGAUUGUAUAUUGUGUAUUUAUCAAUAGCAUGGUUAUUUUUCAGACCGAUAAUUUCUGCUGAAAAUUUUGAAAGAGAUCUGAAAUUUUGAAAUACAAUCAUUCUUUUAUGGAAAGGAGAACAUGUGAGAAAAAUAUGUAACAUUUACAUUCCAUAUAAUGAGUGCUGGUACAUUGAUACAUGUUUUGAUGUGAGAAAUACUGAUAAUAUUUCUCAAAUAUAAAUUAAUGUUAUAUAGUGUUUUAUAUUUUUUUUAAAUAAAAUAACCAUGGAAUGUUAAAGAGGCUUCAUGUCUUUCCCUAUAUAUUUAUUACUGUGUUGCCUAUUCACUGUAUGAUUCGACCAGAUAGAAGUUAUGUACUCACAGCCAUUUCUAUAGUUGUCAAUGUGACUCUGAUUUUGAAACCUGUUUUCCUGAUUGAUAUUUUUAUGUCUACAGGGUCAUAUGUUUAGUUUUGCUGUGGCUAUCCUGUUAUGACUAUAUCUUGUUUGUACUUGUACUAGUGGGUGACCUAUGUAUAUGUUUAGCUUUGCUGUGGCUAUCCUGGUAUGACUAUAUCUUGUUUAUACUUGUACUAGUGGGUGACCUAUGUAUAUGAAAUGUGUUUUGUAUCUAAUAGUUGACGACCUAUCAGAUAGGUCACACCUUGGAGAGUAUGUGCAAUAUCAUCUUAAACUAAAGGAAAUGUGAAUGCUCAAGUUUAUAAUUUUGUAAUAUAAUUACGCUUCUGCUAUAAACCAUAUCCUGUGUAUAUGGGCAGCAGGCUGCAGCCUGAUAACAGGUUAGGAGCUGUAUGUGGUUACAGACAGCCAUAAUUAAAUUCAUAGGGGAUAUUUUACAAAAGUGCCAUUAAAAUAUAUACAUAAAUAGUUACACGAUUCAGAUACCUACAUAUACAGUAUAAUUUAGAUGAUGUAUACCCAGGUACUUGGAAAUUAUUGAAUUCCAAAGUAUAUUGUAAUGUUUGCGGUCUCCUCUGGAUCAUAUUAUUUUUCCAUUGUUGCAAAUGAUACAUGUAGAAAAUAACAAGUUUUUCUUGCAAACAUUUUCCUUUAAAUUUUAGUAGGUACAACAAGUUAAAAUGUUUAUUGUUGAUUUUUUACGGAUGAUCACACUGGUCUAGGCAUUUUGUGUAACAUCUGAACGUAAGUCAGGGUACUUCAACUUUGUCAUAUUUAUUAGUUAGAGCCAUUUGUUAUAGCUUGCUCAUUGUAGCCUGCCGACAGGUUAGUAGAACCAUUUUUAGGUCACCUGAGCUUUAGCUCAAGUGACCUAUUGCUAUCCGUUUUCGGCCGUCGUCGUCCGUCGUCC